GGUGCCGAUCAUGGACGCACACAGGUAGGGGGCACCACCCAGCCAAAACGGGCCUGCCUGAAGCCCCAUGCAGGCCGUGCCCCCGCCCCGUGUGAGAGGCGCCCUCGGUCCCCAUCCAGCCCUGAGCUCCAGGCUGCUGCACAGGGGCCCAGAGCUGUGGUCUGGGUGUCACAAACCGGAGGCAGAAGCUGCGGGCCCCAGGCGCACAUGGACCAGAGAAGGGGGCCGCCUGCCUGCCAGCUGCACGGAGAUGGGACCACACCCACUCGAGAGACUACAAAAGCGUAACCACAGCCUUGGGGCCGCAGAGCAGCGAGCGGCCCAGCCGGAGUCUCCGAGGCCCCAGCCAUCCCAGAUGGGUGAAGCUGGGGCGCCCGCCGCCGCCGCCGCCGCCGUCCCCGUCCCCGUCCCCGCGAACGGGAGCGGCUCUGAGGGCUGCAGCACGGAGAGGAGCGUCCUGUCCCAGGCGGCCACCAGCGUCUCCAUCUAUGUCAUCUUGGCUAUGGGGCUGCCGCUCAACGGCCUGGGGCUCUGGGUGUUCUGGUGCCGCCUGCGCAGGUGGACCGAGACCCGCGUCUACAUGGCCAACCUGGUGGCGGCCGACUGCCUGCUGCUGCUGAGCCUGCCGGGAGUCCUGCACACGCUGGGCCAGGCGGCGGGGGCCCAGGAGGGCGUCCUGUGCAGGGUCGUGCAGAGCUUCUACUACGUCAACACCUACAUGAGCAUAUGCCUCAUCACGGCCAUCGCCACCGACCGCUACGCCGCCCUGCGCUUUCCGCUGCGGUCUCGCGCCUGGCGCAGCCCCCGCCAGGCCGCCCUCACCUGCCUGGCCCUCUGGCUGCUGGUGUGCGGGGCCGUGGCCCUGCCGGCGUCCUGGCUGCGCGCGGGGGAGGGCUUCUGCUUCGGCCGGGGCCGCACCCGGGGCCCCGGGACCCUGGCCUUCUCGCUGCUGCUCUUCCUCCUCCCGCUGCUGGUCCUCGGCUUCUGCUCCUGGCAGGUGCUCCGGCACCUGACCCGCAAGCGCGCGCGGUCACCGCCCCAGGAGGCCGCCCACAUCCUCAGAGCCCUGCACGUGGUGGCGGCCAACUUGGCCACCUUCCUGCUCUGUUUCCUCCCACUGCACGUGGCCUUGCUGGCCACGCUGGUGGCCCGGUGGACGGACGCGGCCUGCCCCACUCUCCAGGCGGUGGCCGCCUUCGUGCAGGUGACGUCCCGCGUCGCCAACGCCAACUGCUGCCUGGACGCCGUCAGCUACUAUUUUGUGGCCAAAGAGUUCCAGGAAGAGGUGGGGGCCGUCCUCAGCACGUCCCGGCCUUUCCGGGGACGGAUGCGGGGCGCUCCUACACGUGACCACCCUGACCGGGCCGUCCGGGCGUGGGCGGAUGAGGACAACAGCGCGGGAGAGGCCCCACGCGUGGCCGGGCAGCGCGUGGCGCGGGGAGCCCCGGGCCCCCCCGAGGCGACUCCUCCCCCCUCCGCGGCGUGCGCCAGAAGUAGCCUCACUGCGCACGUGUGACUUUGGAUUUACGGGUCCCGGGGACGUGGACUCUCCCUCAGCAAAUAGAAUUUAACCAAGGCAUUAAAAAAUUGCUACCCCACGGA